GAAAUCCCGAGCCACCUGUGACAUCAAGAUCAAGACCAGGACCAGGUCGGCGCCGUGUUGUUGUUGUUGUGUUGACGCGGCGGCGGGAGGCCCCGAGGAUGUGGACGCACACUGAGGCUCAAAGUGAGAAAUAAGCGUCAGAAUGUGGCUGUUUGCUGUUGGAUUCUUCGUGCAUUUGAUAUUUUUUGUUUCUGUUUUUGAUAUAUACUUUCGCACGCCCUUGAGCCACGGCAUGACACCUCAGAGCCACUCGCUGCCGCCCGCCGCCCGCCGCCUGGUGCUGGUCGUCGCUGACGGGCUGCGGGCUGACGUCCUCUUUGACUACACCAACCACACCACCAGGGCCCCGUUUCUCAGAUCAAUAAUUGAAAACAAUGGAACAUGGGGAGUGUCUCACACCAGGGUUCCCACUGAGUCGCGUCCUGGGCAUGUGGCAAUUAUUGCUGGCCUCUAUGAGGACCCCAGUGCCAUUGCGAAGGGAUGGAAGGAGAAUCCUGUUGAAUUUGACUCUGUUUUCAAUGAGAGCCGCCAUACAUGGUGUUGGGGAAGUCCAGAUAUUCUGCCAAUGUUUGCUUCAGGUGCAGAGAGGGGUCAUAUUGAGACUUUCAUGUAUAAGGCCGAGGAGGAAGAUUUUGCCAGUAAUGAUGCUUCUAGAUUGGACACAUGGGUCUUUCAGAAUGUUGAGUCAUUUUUCACCAAAGCAUCAGAAAACAAAAUGACCAGAGAAAUGCUGCAUCAGGACAGGAUUGUGUUCUUCCUGCACCUGCUUGGAUUGGACACAAAUGGACAUGCCCACAAACCCCAUUCUAAAGAGUACCUGAAAAAUAUUGAAACCGUUGAUGCUGGCAUCCAGAAAACCAUAGAAGCUUUUGAAGGUUUCUAUAAUGAUCGUCAGACGGCAUACAUUUUCACUUCAGACCAUGGCAUGACUGACUGGGGAUCUCAUGGAGCUGGUGACCCAAGUGAGACAGAGACACCCAUAGUAGCUUGGGGAGCAGGCGUGGCAUUGCCAAAGGAUCCCUCAGAGUUUAAGGAGAAGAUGAUGUAUGAUGCAAGAGUUGAGCGAUGGGGUCUGACUCAUGUAAGACGCCAUGACAUACAUCAGGCAGACGUGGCGCCCCUUAUGGCCUCUAUUGUUGGCAUACCAAUUCCAGUCAAUAGUGUGGGUAAGCUGCAUAUAGAGUAUUUAGCAACAUCAGACGAAUAUCGAUCUGAAGCCUUAUUUGCAAAUGCACGGCAGAUGCUGGCACAAUAUCAACGAAAGCGGAUACAGAAGGAAGAGGAGACACUGCCUAUCUUUUACUGGCCCUACACCACCCUCACACCUGACAGGGAGCUGGAGCUUCUUGCCACCAUUAGAAAUUAUUUAAAAACAUCUCAGUUUGAUGCUGCUAAUAGUGAGAGCCUGCGCCUCAUUGCCAUGACACAGCAAGGAAUGGACUAUUAUCACAACUAUGACCGCCUUGUCCUCUCCAUACACAUUGCUCUUGGAUUUCUGGGCUGGAUCUUCCUCAUUGUGUGUCAUCUGUUGAGGGAUCACAGUGCUGUAUUGAGGAUGGCCGGUGGCACCAUAGAGGGCCGGAGAGUGUGGCGGUCCUCUUUCCUGAUGGCACUGGUGCUGGUUGUGUGGGGCAUCACCAACUUGACACGGUUGCUUGGUCAGCAGCAUCCAUGGCAACAUUACUUGUACCUCAUGACUCCUGUGGGGCUGUGGGCAUUAGUGCAUCAGAGCUGUGCCCCUCUCCGGGUGGCUUGGCUACUUCUGUGUUCCUUCAACAUGGUGUGGGAAGUAGCUAUACGCAUCCUUUUCAUAGUCAUUGGCAUUGAAAUUCUGGUCAUGGCAUUUUUCCUGCGGCCAAUGCUCUCAGUAGGGCUCCUGUGUGUUGGACUAUGGCCAGUAAUCAUGUACACAAUGCAGGGCACUGUGGAGAGGUCCAUGAGACUGGUGUGGAUUGGAUCAUGUGUCCUACUUGCUUCAUUCACCUACAUGCCAGUGGUGGGCAGGGAGUCAUACUAUCCCAUGGUGGAAGUAGCUGGCCUUGUGGCUUUCAUGCUUGGGAGUAUCGGUAUCUACUGGUGUGGAAGUGAGGGUGGCCUACCCAGACAUAUCCCAGGAGUGGUGUAUGUGCAGGGCUUGAUGGUGUUGUGUUCAGUGUUGCUGGUUCAUUCGACUUCUUACAGCCUAAGUCAGAAGGAGGGUCUCCCUGCUGUCAACCAGCUGGCAGCAUGGUCCUUAUUAGUGUUGUCGCUUCUUCUUCCACUCCUUGGGUCACAAAACAUGAUGGGACGUCUCCUGUCUGUUACUGCCUCGCUGUUCUGCCCCUUCAUGCUGUUGUCCAUACGACAUGAGGGCUUUUUCUACAUUGCCCUUACCAUUGCCAUGUACUUAUGGCUCAUCCUAGAAUUUUAUCUUGCUGAAAGUAAUGUGCAGAUUGCCAUGUUAAAAUUUGCCACCUGGGGACAUGAAGGCAGCAUAAAUAAAGAAAGAGUACUCGAGUGGUCAGACGUUCGCCGUGCCUACUUCUUCCUGUUCUUCAUUGUGUUGGCUUUCUUUGGAACAGGGAACAUUGCCAGUGUCAACAGUUUUGAUCCCAGUUUUGUGUACUGCUUUGUGACAGUUUUUUCACCAUUUGUUAUGGGAAGUUUGCUACUCUACAAAAUCAUCAUCCCCUUCUUGCUGGUGACAUGCUUCUUCCACGCCAUCUGCAUACUAAUCAAGGUACCAACUCGAGCGUUGUUCUACGUGUUCCUUGUGAUGUCUGACUUCAUGGCGCUUCACUUCUUCUUCCUCAUCAGAACAGAUGGAUCGUGGCUAGAUAUUGGAACCUCACUCAGCCACUAUGUUAUCUCCAUGGCAACUACCCUUUUCCUUAUCCUCCUAUAUUUUCUUGCCAAGUUUCUAACUACUUUCCAAAUUGGAAAGUCACCUGAAGAAAAGGAAUGUGUGCUGCCAAGAGUGUCAGUUGGCAGACCUCAUAGAGACUAGUCACUGUUUCAGGAACAAUGUGAUUUUAUUUAAUCUGUUAGACGUCAAAUUAAUAUGUUUCAUAUAAUCAGUGUACUGUUUGGUUUUUGGCUUUUAGUUUCUCUUGGUCAUGUAUUUAUAAAUUUCUCUUACAGCAAUGUCUUAAGUUGUAACAAAUAUAAUUAAAAACUCUAUGUAGAUAUUGCUCAUUAUAAAGGAUAGGAGGAGAAGCCGAAAAUGAGGGUUCAAUUAGGUAUGGGAGAUGUCAUGAUACUCUCCUCUUAGAAGCAUUCAAGUUAUAGGAAGGAGGAAAUACAGAAGAAGGCUGCUCCAGUGUUUACAUGUGAAAGGGAUCAAAGAAUGAAUCAAGAAGGGCAUGCACUGGGAAGAGGCAUUGCCUAGCCCACCCUAGGAUACCAGCCCCAGGGGUCUGGUCUUGUUUUUUACUGUUAUUUCCUCUUGAUUAUUUAUUUAUAUAAUUUUUUACACCAAACUUAUCAAGUCAAAACAAAUAUAGAUAAAACAGCUCACUAUGCAUUGCUACUGUAAAUAGGAUAGGAAGAGAAGCCCAAGAGGAGGGUCAACUUUGGUCUGUGAGUUAUCAAUAAUGUUCUCUCAGCUGUGCUCAGUGAGUGUCCUGCCCCUAGAUUGUAGUUCAUAUGUUCAGUCCCUUAUGUCUGCUCCCUUGACUAGACUAAUUCAAGGCCUUUAUAUAUUUUUGUUAGCACUUGUCCCCUAUCAUUGUAUCUUUUUCAUUUCCCGGUGCUACCUCCAUAUGUAUCCUUAGUUGUCUAAUGUACUGCGUGGGGGGUGGGAUGGCAUGCUCCUCCCUUCUCCUUUGUUGUUUACUUGCAACAAUAAACUAUCUCUCUCUCUUCGUUCCUUCUCCAUCUCUUCUUCCUUCUUUCCUUCCUCUUCUCUCUCUCUUCCCAUAGUUAGUAGGUUCCAAUUACCAUCAUUAUUAUU